CCCACCCGCGGGGUCCUCACCGGAUUCGAGACUGGAGAUGAAUUCUCACCCGUUAACAAUUUUGAAGUCAAGUUAGGUUUUACAUGUCGGAGCCGGUGCCGAGUCUGCCAACCGCGCAGUUGCGCCUACCCACUCCUCUCCUCUUCUAGCCGUUUCUAGUUCCACUCCUGUCCUCUCCGUCGCCGCGCCCGAACGCCUCCGGUAGUGGCGGUUUCCGUGUAAAGGCGAGCCCUUUGGCUUCGGCGGGAGGGAGGGGACGGGCGAUGGUGGGCGGGGGCGGCGACGGGGAGGAGGCGGCGCUGGAGUUCACGCCGACGUGGAUCGUGGCGGCGGUAUGCUCGGUCAUCGUGCUCCUCUCGCUCGUCGCCGAGCGGUGCCUCCAUUACCUCGGCAAGACGCUCAAGAAGAAGGAUCAGAAACCGCUCUUUGAGGCGCUCCUCAAGGUGAAAGAAGAGCUGAUGCUGCUCGGGUUCAUCUCCCUGCUGCUGACGGUGUUCCAGGGGAUAAUCCAGAGGACAUGCAUUCCUUCCGGCUGGACAAACCACAUGCUGCCAUGCCAGAGGCUGGAUGAGAAGGCUAGUGAGGUGGGCGCCACAAAAGAGCAUUUUGUUGCUGCCGAGGUCCUUGGACGGAUCGGGAGGCGGCUGCUCAGCGAGGGCGGGGCUGCCGCUGAGCACUGUCAGAAGAAGGGAAAAGUUCCACUGCUGUCCCUUGAAGCCAUACAUCAGUUGCACAUUUUCAUAUUUGUUCUGGCUAUCACACAUGUUAUUUUCAGCGUUACAACUAUGAUUUUGGGAGGUGCAAAGAUACACCAAUGUAAACAGUGGGAGGAUAAAAUUCAGAAAGAGGCUCCAGGAAAUGGGCCUAAGAAGGUGACCCAUCUGCAUCAACUUGAAUUUAUCAGGAAACGUUUUAAGGGUAUUGGCAAAGAUUCUAUAAUAUUGAGUUGGCUGCAUUCUUUUGGUAAGCAAUUUUAUGGAUCAGUAUCUAAGUCAGACUACACCACGAUGCGCCUUGGUUUUAUCAUGACUCACUGCCCUGGAAACCCAAAAUUUGAUUUCCAUAGAUACAUGGUGAGGGUUUUAGAGGCUGAUUUUCGGAAAGUAGUUGGCAUAAGCUGGUACUUGUGGAUCUUCGUGGUGAUAUUUCUUUUGCUGAAUGUUAACGGUUGGCACGCAUACUUUUGGAUUGCCUUCCUUCCACUUCUUCUUCUGUUAGCUAUUGGCACUAAGCUGGAGCACAUCAUAGCUCAGUUAGCCCAAGAUGUAGCUGAGAAGCACACGGCGAUUGAGGGUGAUUUGGUUGUAAAACCAUCAGAUGACCACUUCUGGUUCCGGCGGCCAAGGAUUGUCCUUUACCUAAUCCACUUCAUUCUCUUCCAGAAUGCAUUUGAGAUCGCAUUCUUCUUCUGGAUACUGACAACUUACGGAUUCAACUCCUGCAUCAUGGGGCAAGUCCAUUUUAUCGUGCCGAGGCUUGUUAUCGGGGUCAUCAUCCAACUUCUCUGCAGUUACAGCACCCUGCCUCUGUAUGCAAUCGUAACCCAGAUGGGGACCUGCUACAAGAAGGAGAUCUUCAACGAGCAUGUGCAGCAAGGUGUCCUGGGUUGGGCGCAGAAGGUUAAGAUGAAGGGUUUGAAGGGGGCUGCGAGCAUUGCCGAAUCAACGAACAACGCCGAUUCGGCAGGACCUUCUGUUAAUAUUGAAAUGGCGAAAGCCGGGGAGGACAAUGAGGAUGUUGGAAACACAAGAGUGAUAGGACAGUAGUGCGAGUGCGUGUACCUUGUUUUCAUGAUGUAGCAUGUUCAUAUGCCAUCAUUUUUGCAGAUAGCUGUACUCGCAGCAGCCGUAAUAUAGUUCCUUAGUUCGCCUUAAUAUCUUGAAUUCAUAGAACUAAGAGCCAUGCAAUGGCGAGAAGGCCGCUUGUAAAUUAGAGGUGUUUCUGGAAAGUGGGGAUGCUUGAUGGAGGAAAGGAGUGGUCAACUCGCCAGCCAGGCGGCAUUGCAUUUGCACGCCGGCAAUCGAAACACAAAUGUCAUUCUAGGUUGCAAACUUCGCUUUUUUUUUAUCGGAAACAUCGAUGGAACAACAUAUUGAUUUUA